CUCUUGUUCUUCCGUUUCAACACGUGCACCAGUGUCUAACAAUUUUCUUAUCAAACGUUGUACAUCGACCGCUUUUACAAUCACUAUUAUUAUGCCUUCGCGCACUUCGUAAUACUGAUAGUCUUUUAUCGCGUGAUGCUUCAAUUUUAUCAGGAUUCCGCUAUGCUUGCCGUUCACUUCUUACAGAAAUUAGCGCUUUGUUAGAAUCGCUUAUGAGUAGGAAAAUAAGUGAUAGUGCUUUUGAAGAAGACAUUUUGACAUUAGUUGCAAUCCUGGAAAAACUUAUAAAACCAUUAUGUAGUCCAUAUCCAACAGUCUGGCUCAAGAUUCUAGAAGAUCAUCAUAUAAUUCAGUUGCUUCUCAAUGCAUUUACCUACUCUUUAUCUUUUCCAAGGGAGAACCGCCCGAUAUACACAGAUAGUGUGAUGUAUUUUCUUUUAUCGUUAGCAAAUGUUCCAGUUGCAGCGAAGCAGUUGUAUCAUGAUGGAAUAAUGACAGAAUUUUGUAAUAAUAAAUUAUCGCCUGCUCUGCAAAAAGGUGAUGUUCAACCAAAUUCAAAAGAUGAUCGACAUCAAGUGUGGUGCUUCAUGUUGGCGGUA